CGAUUUUCCCAGUCGGAGAUCGUUUUUUUUCACAGUUCCCAGUUGUUUUGAACGCAGCAUCAUAUUGGAGAACCACUUUUAGCCUAUCUUCGUACUGUACUGUCUUUGGUAGAGUGAUCAAAUAAAACAUAUAAAUAAGUAGCUAGCCAUCUACUUACCGGUAAUGUGUCUGAGCAUCCAUGAACACGCGUCGUUGCCACGGUCCUAGGAACAGUCAGGAAGGGGUGAACCUAGGACCUGCCCAGACCCAGUCACCACUGAUCCAGCUACAGGACCCACAACUCACAGUGCCCAGCCUACGUCCACCUGCCCCACUGGUGGACAUAAGCAACAUGUCUGUCAAGGACCACACCAAUGAGUUCCAGUCAGUCUGCAGGUCACUACAGGGGAGACAGAAUGGGGUCCAGUCCAGUAAGCCAGCCCUCAGUGCAAUCAGACAACACAGUGACUUUAACCUCUUGGCAAAGAGUAUUGGGAAGGAUUUGAGUAACACUUUUGCCAAACUAGAAAAACUCACAAUACUUGCCAAAAGGAAAUCCCUCUUUGACGACAAUGCUGUGGAGAUUGAGGAGUUAACCUACAUCAUUAAACAGGACAUAAACAGUUUGAAUAAACAGAUAGCACAGCUGCAGGGCCUUGUGCGUGCCAGACAGAGUCAGAAUGGCAAACAUCUACAGACACAUUCCAGCACCAUCGUUGUCUCACUCCAGUCAAAACUGGCAUCAAUGUCAAACGACUUCAAGUCCGUGCUGGAGGUCAGGACAGAGAACCUCAAAGAGCAGAAGAGUAGAAUAGAUCCGUUUUCUCAAGCUCCAGCAUCCUCCUUCCAUAUCCAUACCAGCAACUUCAGUAACUCAUUGUUAAUGCAGGACGACUCUAAAAAGACAGCUGAAGUCUCUAUAGACAUGGACUUCCGCGCCAGUCAACAGCUGCAGCUCAUCAAUAAACAGGACUCUUACAUCCAGAGCCGUGCAGACACCAUGCAGAACAUAGAGACCACCAUUGUAGAGCUGGGCUCUAUAUUCCAGCAGCUGGCCCACAUGGUGAAGGAGCAGGAAGAGACUGCAGAGAGAAUUGACGCCAAUGUGGACACCCAGCUCAACGUAGAUACGGCACAUUCAGAGAUCCUCAAGUACUUUCUGUCUGUCUCAUCCAACCGCUGGCUCAUGGUCAAAAUCUUCAUCGUCUUUGUGGUCUUCUUUGCCUGAGGACCAGGAAGCACUUGGCUAAGAAUGAGAGGAAGGAGGAUGAGAAAGGGAGGAAUUGUGCUGGAGGAGAGUAGAGUGGGGAGGAAAGAGAUGGGGAACAGAGGAGUAGCUGGAAGGGGAGGUGGGGAACAGAGGAGUAGCUGGAAGGGGAGGUGGGGAACAGAGGAGUAGCUGGAAGGGGAGGUGGGGAACAGAGGAGUAGCUGGAAGGGGAGGUGGGGAACAGAGGAGUAGCUGGAAGGGGAGGUGGGGAACAGCGGAGUAGCUGGAAGGGGAGGUGGGGAACAGAGUAGUAGCUGGAAGGGGAGGUGGGGAACAGAGUAGUAGCUGGAAGGGGAGGUGUGUUCCCUCUUUGUUUCUCCUUGUGGUUUAAAGAAAAGACCACUACUAACAGAAAAUUAUAUAUGUGUCAGGAUGCAGUUAUGUUAAUAAUAGCUGCAUGGUAGGUAGAAAGGAGAUGUCAAAUAUUAUUAUUAUCCUCCAUUGUAAGUAAAUAGAUGAUGAAAAUGAUGAUGAUGAUGAUGAUAACUAUGAUGCAGGAUAGAAGACUAUUGCAGUUGGAUUAAAACUCUUUCUUGUGUUCAAAUCAAAUCAAAUUUCAUGCAUACUUUCUGUAAUUUGUAGAAAACAUUCCUACUUCGUGAAGGACCGGGUCAAUCCAAAGAGAAAUUGAGUUUGAAAAGGACACUGGUAGAAAUAAAAAUGGUUUGAACGGUGACAGCGGUCAUUUGGCUGACCAAUAACAUCAUCCAAAAUUCCAUGACCAUCACAGCCCUACCGGUUAUUUAAAUUAAGUUAAAUCAUGGUCUGCACAUAACACCUGAUGAGUGAUGUUUUACAGACAGUGUUCUCCAUCCCCCCCACCCCUACACACGACCCCAUCUCUUAAAGAGAAAAAAAGAACACAUAUUUAUAGAUGUUCAGUAAACAAACUUUCACAUGAAUCUUUUUAAAUCUCGGGUUGUAUCUGUGCCCCUGAGGUAUCUGUAAAAUGAAAUGAAUUGUUGAAACGCUUGAAAUUCUGAUUUGUUAUGUCUCCAGGGCAGAGGAGGCUGGUGGGAGGAGCUAUAGGAGGACGGGCUCAUUCUGGAAUGGAAUAAAUGGAACGUAUGAAACACAUAUAUUGAAUAUAAUGAAACCACAUGUUUUGCUCCGUUCCAUUUAUUCCAUUCCAGAAUGAGGCCAUUCUCCUAUAGCUCCUCCCACCAGCCUCCACUGCUCUAGAGUCCUUUUUGUUCAAGAGAAUGACUGAGACACUGAUUUUUUUUCUUCUAAUAUACAAACUCACCUGCUUGGCUCAAAUUCUGGAGCCCAGAAAUGUUGGAAUGGAAAUGUUCAGGAUUUUUCCACUUUUCAGUUACUGUUUUACCCAUUUGCUCUCCUCUGUCUUUGGACAUCUUGGAGGAAGUAUUGUAGGUCACAGCAAAUGUUAUUGAUAUCCCUCAUUCCCCGCUUUUGUUGCAAAUCAUGAGUAAUGUAAAA